UGUGACGUCACUGGAAGCCUCUCUCUCUUUCUCGCUCGUCUCCUUCCUGCUGCAUCAUCACAGCUGCUAGUUGCUAGAGUCGUGCGUGUUAAAUUUACAGCGCCUGGAAGAAAAUAUUUGUAGCAAAUUACCGUGAUAAACAAGAACAAUAGCGCAUAUCUGAUAUCAUUACAAAAUUUUGUUCGCAACUGGCUGACACCCCCCCCGUGACAGAAAAAGAAAAAAAAAAAAACGUCUGCCGAAACACGCGGGGACAUGAUGGCCAGGCAAGAGCAGGUUCUGCUGCUGGAGCCACAGCACGAACUUAAAUUUCGAGGACCAUUUACAGAUGUUGUUACUACCACCUUGAAACUCGCCAACCCAACAGACAGGAAUGUGUGUUUUAAAGUGAAGACUACUGCUCCACGCCGAUACUGUGUACGACCAAACAGUGGAGUGAUAGAUGCAGGAACUUCAAUCAAUGUGUCUGUCAUGCUGCAGCCCUUUGAUUAUGAUCCCAAUGAGAAGAGCAAACACAAAUUCAUGGUGCAGUCCCUGUUGGCACCUCCUGACAUGACUGACAUUGAGGGAGUGUGGAAAGAAGCAAAGCCAGAGGAUCUGAUGGACUCCAAGCUGAGGUGUGUCUUCGAGUUGCCAUCAGAGAACGAGAAGAUGCACGACAUGGACACCAACAAAAUCCUGUCCUCCAGCCUCCUUAAGUCUGAGUCCUCCACGUUGUCUAUGAAGUCUGUGGGCUCUUCUCUGGACGAUGGAGAGGUGAAAAAGAUCAUGGAGGAGUGCAAGAGGUUGCAGAUGGAGGUUCAGCGACUACGAGAGGAAAACAAACAGAUUAGGGAAGACGAUGGCUUGCGGAUGAGGAAGAGCGCAGCAGUGUCAGGCCAGCACCCCUCCUCCGCUUCUUCCACCUCAGCAGUCCGGCUGCAGGAGCAGGGCCCCAGUACCAGAAUGCUGGCACUGGUUGUCUUGUUCUUUGUCAUUGGUGUGAUCAUUGGAAAACUGCUCUUGUAGGUGGCAGCAGCAGCAUGCUUUGUUGCUAGGGGAAAAACAAAACAAACAGAUGUGGAGUUUUGAUCAGAAUGCCAUAUCACUGGGGUAGUUUUAAAUUAAUUAUGUAAAGUUACACAUCAAAACUGAUUACAUUGCGAAAAAGGAAAAAGUCACAAGUUUUGCCUCUUUAAUUGCAGUCUUAUUGUGGCCCUACUCCCCUGUGUACUUGCACAGAAACUAACUUGUACAAGGGGCAACAACCCUUUGUGAUAAGUGGUAAAAUAAAGUCAUUCUAAGACUUUUCUAACACCAGAGAUGCAAUGUGAGUGAUUGAAAAGUCAGAUCUUGAAAUGUUUGUGUGAAUGUUGCUUUAAUGUGAGUUUGUUUUUUUUUUUUUAAAUUGUGUUUUUUAAAUUAAAGGCAAAGAGGCCAGAGGCAGUGUGUUGAAAGAAAUGCUUGCAGCUCUUUAUGCUGUGAUGUCAUGACUGCAUCUCACCGUGCAGCUAGUUUCCAUUAUGUAAAAAGAAAAACCCAGGCAUUCCUCAAACAAGGGCCUUGAUGUGGCUGUGUCCUCUAUUUUAUUUUGACUUUUGUGUUUUCUUGUGAACAUUCUCCGUUGAAUAUGGGGAGUUGUGCAAGCUCGAAAUUAGAAAUGGAAUUUACUUUUUGUUUCUGUAUUGCGUUUGUCAUUGUAAUGCUUUUCCUUUUAUUCUGUCCCCUUUAGGAUUUGCACAAAUCUUAAUCUUUACUCUAAUGGUGAUUUUUUUUUUUUUUUUUCCCCCCCUCCUUUUUAGUUGUUUAUUCCUAGGUAUUGGCUUACUGAAAUAUCACCCAGUAUAGUGCAGAAAAAAUAUUCAAAUGGUUGCUUCUCAGAAAUAAGCCCUUUGCCUUGUGACUUGUAUUUUGCAAGGUUUUUUGCAAUUAUUAUUGGUUGAAGAAUAUGAAAGGCUAAUAAUGGAAUGUUGUAUAUAAAUAUUUCUUUUUAUGGGGUUUGUCUUGGUCAUAAGUGCAAUACUGCUGUUAAUGCAAGACUAGAAGAUACUGACCAUGGGGAACAGUUUCUGAGUGUGGUUUGGUCAAUCUGUGCAACAGGUUACCUUAGAGAAAUGCAACAAGCAUGUUUUGUUAUUCCAGACACAGUAAAGCCAGUCAUUUGCCUGAUGUAUUAUAGCUAACAUCAACCAAUAACAAAGAACAAAUGUGUGCUGCCCAUUUUGCUGCGAAAUUACUGAAGAAAGUGCGCAUGACAGUUUCUGUUCGUACCUCCUCUUCACUUCAACUAUUACAGCCUGUGUUUUAUUUUCAACCAGUUUAUCAGUAUAGCCAUUUUACUGCUAUAAAAUUUUUAAUGCACUAUGUAUAAUGUUCCCCCAUAAGCAAUGUCCAGCUAGUUUUAUUUUCUUUGAAACCUGCGUAAAAAAAUUCAAGAAUGCUGUAAGGGACCAUUCUGUUUAUAGAUUUAGAAUGUUUUAUGUUUUGCUUCUUUGUUUUGAUCUUUGACUCAAGGGAGAAAUCUUUGAAAAGAAGAGAAAUUAUUUCUCACAGUUGUAAUUUAAAAAAACAAACUAGAAAGUUAGUUAUCGGGCAUGUUGGAGGCUGGCAGAAAUUAGAAACAACUGACGAUGAAGGACAACAUGUUGCUGCGAGUGGGGGGGCUUCAUGAGAGCCUUGGCUGCUGGGUGGGGGUGGGGGGGGGGGGGUGCUGGGGAGCGCAGUAUACACUACACAAUCCUGCACUGGAGCUUCAGACCAUCACCGUGAUGUCACCAUUGCAGUCUGGCAACCGUUUUGUAUGUACAUAAGUAUGUCUAUCAAAGCAAUUAAUAUUCGUAGUAAAGUAGUCUAUGGUGGAAAAAAACAACCUUGUUGAACUAUGUAGCAUCUUAAUAAAUUAAAUAAAGCCCCAA